GUGUGUGUCACUCACCUGAGGACAACACACACACACACACACCUGAGGAACGGCGGACUCGAACUGGGGAUCCUGAGAGCGCGCGGAGCUGCGGACGUUUUUCUGAGACAGAGCCAUGCCUUCCUCCUCCUCCUCCUCCUCCUCCUCCUCCCCCCGCUCCCCCCGCUCCCCCCGGCUCCGGCCUCCUCUCCCGCUCCUGCUGCUCCUGCUCCUCGUGCGGCCCGGCGGAGCGGCGGAGCAGCAGGAGGAGCGCGCGGCGCCCUGCGGCCUCCGCCGCGGGAAGCAGGACUUCCUGCUGGACGCGCAGGACGCGCUGCGGGAGGGCGCGGUCCUGCUGGCCGCCGCGCGCGUCCGCUCGGCGGAGGAGUGUGAACGCGCCUGCUGCGUGGAGGCGCGCUGCAACGUAGCGCAGCUGGAUAUGAGCGGUGGCGACACGCGCACGUGCACCCUGUUUAACUGCGUGCGCAGGAACCGCUUCGUGUGCAGGCUCGUGCACGAAACCGGCUUCCAGACUUACAUCCUGGACUCUGUGUUCCGGAAGUACCUGGAGGGACCACAGGGACCAGGUGACAUGGCUCCGCCCAUCGCCAUCACGGGCCGUGAUGUCAUCGUCCAGCCGGGCGUCCCGGUGACCCUGAACGGCACGGAGAGCCUGGCGCUGUUCGAUUCCCAGCUGACGGACUACCGCUGGAGCCAGCAGAGCGGGGGCGGGGUCCGCAUGGAGGCCACGCCCCUCCCAGACCAGGUCCGGCUGUCCCAGCUGCGUCCCGGCAGGUUCGUCUUCCAGCUCACCGUCACCGACUCCAACGGCCAAUCACAUUCCUCCAACACCUCCGUCCUCGUCCUCAGCCUGGAGCUGUCCAGCACGUACUGCCUGGCCCAGCUCUCCGUGGGGCCCUGCAGGGCCUUCUUCCCCCGCUGGCGCUACAACGCGUCGUCGGGUGUGUGUGAGCGCUUCGUCUACGGCGGCUGUAAAGGAAACAAGAACAACUUCCUGUCUGAGGCGGAGUGUGUGUCCGCCUGCAGCGGGGUGGCAGUGUCCUUGGAGAGACGAGUCGCUGGAGCUUCCACUGAGGGGUGUGUGUCCCCCUGUCCUCCUGAUCAGCUGACCUGUGAGGACGGCAGUCUGGAGUGUGACGGAGCGAAGCAGUGCAGAGACGGAGUGGACGAGGACUGCAGGACAUUGAAUCAGACUCUGAACCAGCUGCUGGACAUUGAUGUCAACCAGAGAAAAGCGUCCUGUACGGAGCCCCCCCAUGUGGGCCCCUGCAGGGCCAGCCUGAGCCGCUGGUUCUUCAACCCGCUGACGGAGGACUGUGUUCCCUUCACCUUCGGCGGCUGUGAGGCCAACGGCAACAACUUCCAGGACCAGGACGAGUGUAGGACGCGCUGCCGCGGCGUCACCGAGCGUGACGUCUUCUCCAGAGGACUCUUUGAGCGCUUUGAGAAAGAAGAAGAAGAGAAGGAGUCAGGUUCCAUCGCCCUGGCCGUGGUCCUGGCGGUGGCGGUCCUCGCUCUCCUCGCCAUCCUGACCUACUGCUUCCUGAAGUCUCGCAGGAAGCGCUCCCAUAGGCCGGUGGCCACAAGCCCCGCCCACAUCUCGCUGUCAGAGCAGGACACCCUGGUUUACAACAGCACCACCAAGCCUGUGUAGGCGUUACCAUGACGACCAGCCUGCAGCGGGGUGUGUGUGUGUGUGUGUGUGUGUGUGUGUGUGUGUGUGUGCGUGUGUGUGUGUGUGUGUGUGUGUGUGUGUGUGUGUGUGUGUGUGUGUGU